GACGCCCGGUCGGCUCCCGCUUUCCCAUUGCAUCACAUCCCGCACGCGAUCCAGCCGCCCUGCCCAGCUCCCGCCCAAAAAGUCAGCCUUGAUUCCACAGAUACCGCAAAACACAACAACCCUUUCUGCGACACCCCAUCCGCUCUCUCCUAUUCUCCAGUCGCCCGCCAUGGCUGACGCGACCAACACCAACGAUGAGCUUUACCCCAUCGCCGUCCUCAUCGACGAGUUGAAGCAGCACGACGAUGUCUUGCUUCGACUCAAUGCAAUCCACCGAUUGUCAACCAUCGCUCUCGCCUUGGGCGCCGAACGCACCCGCGAGGAACUGAUACCCUUCCUUGACGAGUCUGUCGAGGAUGAGGAUGAGGUUCUCGUCGCGUUGAGCGAGGAGCUGGGAAGCUUUAUCGACUACGUCGGCGGUCCUCAGUGGGGUCACGUCCUGCUCUCCCCCCUCGAAAACCUUGCGGCUAUAGAGGAGCCCGUCGUGCGGGAUAAGGCUGUUGAGUCGCUGAACAAGAUCUGCGGCGAGCUCUCCUCGGAGCAAGUGGAACAGUACUUCAUCCCUCUGGCGAUCCGCCUCUCGAAGGCCGACUGGUUUACUUCCAAAGUUUCCGGUUGCGGCCUGUACACGGCGCCGUAUUCCAAAGUCUCGCCUCCUGUCCAAGCACAGCUCCGGCAGCAGUUUGGCCAGCUGGUCCACGAUGAUACGCCUAUGGUUCGUCGCCAGGCUGCCACGAACCUGGCCAAAUUCGUGAAGGAGAUGCCUGCCGCCAUUGUCGUUGAAGAGAUGAUUCCCAUGUUCCAGCACCUUGUUCAGGACGACCAGGACAGCGUCCGGUUGCUUACUGUCGAGGUGCUGAUUUCGAUUGCAGAGGUCGUCCCUAAGGAGCAGCAGGCGAGUCACGGUGUCCUCCUGACAUCUCUGCGCAGCUUAAUAGAAGACAAGAGCUGGAGGGUUCGGUACAUGAUCGCCGACAGAUUCGAGAAGAUUGCGAAGGCUGUCGACGAGGAGGUUGUGGCAAGGGAUCUGGUGCCCGCUUUCGUAAAACUGCUGAAGGACAACGAAGCCGAGGUGCGGACAGCCAUUGCCGGCCAGAUCCCUGGCUUCUGCGCACUUGUGGACCGAAACACCUUGCUCAACGAGAUCAUGGGCACCGUUGAGAAUCUGGUGUCGGACACGUCCCAACACGUCCGUGCAGCCCUCGGGACACAGAUCAGCGGCUUAGCCCCGAUAUUGGGCAAGCAAGAGACUAUCGAUCACUUGUUGCCCAUGUUCCUCCAGAUGCUGAAGGACGAGUUCCCCGAGGUCCGCCUCCACAUCAUCUCCAAACUGGAGUUGGUAAAUCAAGUCAUUGGCAUCGACUUGCUUGCGCAGUCCCUACUGCCUGCCAUCGUCCAACUCGCCGAGGACAAGCAAUGGCGUGUACGGCUAGCUAUUAUCGGCCACAUGCCCCUCCUCGCCAGCCAGCUUGGCGUUAAGUUCUUCGACGAGAAGCUCAGUCAGCUAUGCAUGGGCUGGCUCGGCGACACCGUCUUCUCCAUCCGUGAGGCAGCGACCCACAAUCUCAAAAAGCUUACCGAGGUUUUCGGUGUCGAGUGGGCCAGCGAGGCCAUCAUCCCAAAGGUUAUGGCGAUGGGAGGCCACCCUAACUAUCUUUACAGGAUGACAACGUGCUUCGCAAUCUCGACAUUAUCCAGCGUCGUGACCAUGGAUGUUAUCUCCAAGUCGAUUCUCCCCAUGCUGGAGAAGCUAACGAACGACGACAUCCCGAACAUCCGGUUCAAUGUCGCGAAGACAUACCAGGCCCUGAUUGGCGUGCUGCGGCGGCUGCCGGACCAAGGGACCAUCUAUACCCUCGAGCAGGCCGGGACGCCGUUCACGGCGUCUCCAAGAGGGCAGCAACUGAUUGACGAGCGGAUCAUGCCCAGCUUGGAGAAGCUUCAGAAGGACGAUGAUGUGGACGUGCGAUAUUUUGCGACCAUGGCGGCAGCUGCGGCGACGGGAGCGGCCCCAGGUGGUGGAGAGCCCAUGAACACAUCACCAUAGAAGAGAGAGUCUUAAUGAAGCAAUCCAGUUGGUUCCCGUCCUUUCGCGCCUGAGACCGGUCUGGGUUGCUCUCUGCAUUUUCCUCCGCCAUCUCUAUUUCGCUAGAUGUUGCCUCGAAUUUAUAUCGUACAGUCCGGGCUGGCUGCGUGGUUAUCUGC